AUGCCGCAAAUAUCUAUAGGAGCGUCCGAGGAGCAGGCCCUUGCAUACAUGACGGGGGGACUCGUCAACGAAGCCACAAUAUGGCAGGGCGACGAAACCAUCAUGUCGAAUUACAAGGGCAAGGGCAAAGAGAUUCAGACGCCAAGUAUUGUGCUACACUCGGAAAUUCCCAGCCCAAAGGAUUCGGCAGUCGACCUUGGGGGAGAUGACGAGGGCGACGUGAAUGUCAGUGUCGACUAUACGGAGUACGAACCACCGGCCGGUUUAAGCCAGAUUGAAAACACGGAUUCCGAGGUUAUUGUACAAAUCGUACAUGAAUCGAUCGAAAAGGUCAAGACAAGGAUAGUAGAGGACAAAGAGAGGCGACUUGAAGAUGCUCGCGAGGCCGAAAGGUUGGCACAACAAUUUGAAGCCGAGGAUGCCAAGGAGGCAGAAAAGCCUCUGGCGACAGAGAACGAACAACAUGGAUUUCAAAGAGCUCCAUCGAUUCCCAAGUAUUACCGAGCUGACCCUAUUGGUUUUUUUGGUGCCAAAAUGAUCAUCGACGAACAUGGUCUCUUGCGUCCAGCACCAGCGUCCAAGUCGAAGCAGUGGGGGCUCAAAGGACUCCUAAAGAGAUUCAAUAACAAUUCGAGAGGAGAGUCGAGUGCACAAGGAGCCGCUCGGAAUAGUCGAGAUAUGGUCACCCCCGACGCCAAUCGAGCCUUUUUAGAAAAGAGCAAGUCUGCUGUCGAUGCAGUCUUGCAAAAAGUGAGCAAUACUGCUCCAGAAACUCCAGUGCCCUCGGAAACUAUAGAAGUCGAAUGCGUAUCCUGUCUCGAAGAUUAUAACCCCAAAGAAAUGAUCAAAGUAACAUGCCAUAGUUACUGUACCGACUGUUUCCACCGCCUAAUCAAGGCUGCCUGUGAAAAUGAACAGCAGUGGCCACCAAAAUGCUGUCUAAACCCCAUUCCCGAAGCAACCGUCCGCACCGGCAUCGACACGGACGCCGAGCUUCGGACUUUGUACAAGGCCAGAAGCACCGAGUGGUCCGUCCCCAUUGCCGAUCGCGUCUUUUGCAGCAACCGGGAAUGCGGCAUCUUCAUCCAGCCACGCCACGUGGACCGAUCCCAGGACGUCGCCCGGUGCAGCAGCGGGCACUGGACGUGCAUCCUCUGCCGGGCGCCGCGCCACGGCGACGAGCCCUGCCCCCAGGACCGCGAGCUCCAGCGCACCGAAGAGCUGGCCGAGUCCGAAGGCUGGAAGCGGUGCCACCGGUGCCGGGCCCUCGUCGAACACCGCGAGGCCUGUCAGCACAUGACGUGUCGAUGCGGCGCCCAGUUUUGCUACGUCUGCGGCGCGCCCUGGCGUACCUGUGGGUGUACCGAGGGCCAGCUGCGGCAGAUUAAGCAAGACGCCCAGACGCGGCGGCUCGAAAGAGAUGCCCAGACCCGACGGGAAGAGGCCGAUCUGGCCGAGGCCCUGCGACAGAUUGAAGAGUUUGAAAAGGAAGAAGCCAUCAAGGCGCACCUAUUAAUGAUUGAACGCGAGUACCAAGAAAAGCAACAACGGGAAAAGGAAGCCCGGGAACGACUACGCCUGGAGGGCGAGAGACGCAAGGCCGUCGAGUCCAAGUUCCAGGAGCUGCGUUGGGAACUGCUGGAGCUGCACAUGCGCCAGCGGGUCGAGGUGGAGCGUGAACAUGGAAAGGAGGAAAACCUCAUCAAGUACGAAAUCGAAGACUCUACAACAAGACUCCGAGAUGCAAACCACGUCCAGCGCGAAGCUGCCGCCAAAGAAGCCAGGAACGAUUUCGAAGAAUUCAGGGCAGCGCUUAAAACGGAAUAUAAUGCUCGAGUCAAGUACGAGACGCAGCUGGAGACGCAGUACCAAGAACAGCUGCAAGUAUACUGGGCCAACCAAGAAGGUGGCCAGGAACAAAUCGAGACGGCUCUGCUGGACGUCAGACGACGAAUGGACAAGGGGCACCGGGCUUACUGUCGAUGGUUGCAAUCAGAAAUCGACGCCAAACGUUCCCUCAUUCGACAAGAGCAAUCUAUUCAAGCAAGUUUCAUGGAAACAGCCGAGAGACAAUUGUCCGAAAACAACAGAGAAAAACAACAAAUCUUUACACGGAAAAAGACUGCCGAACUCAAAUGGGUUGAUCUUGUAUUCCAGGAACGGCACGACAUGCUGGACACUAUGGAAGCCACCGAGGUGGACGAUGGGGAUGACAUUUAUGAAUUGCUUUCUGAAUUCAGCUUGGAAGAUGAAAUGGACGAUGAUUUGCAGGAAUACUUUGAAGCAGCGACAACGAUAGUGGCAUAG